AUGAUCUCGGGGCGCUGCCUCGGGCUGAGGGGCCCAGAGCGCGCUGCUCAGGGCGCUGAGGAGCCCGUGGUUCACAGGCCCUAUCUGGUGUGGGUCUCAGAAGGCCCGUGCCGCCCCGUGGCACUGGCAGGUCGCGGCCACAGAUUUCAGACGGAGGGGCUGCGCGUUUUUGGGGUGCGGGGGUGGGGGGACGUGCAGCUAAAGAAUGCAGCGGGGCAGCGCUGCGAGCAGCUGGGUGUCUCCCGGCUGCGGACGGCUCCUGAGCAGGCCGCGGGGGGCCGGAGCGUCAUCAGCGGGGGUCUGGACGCCUUGGAAUUCAUCGGGAAGAAGACGAUGGACGUCAUAGCGGAAGGGGACCCCGGCUUUAAGAGAACCAAGGGCCUCAUGUACCGGGGCGCCACGCUCUCUCAGGUGUUACGGGAGGCGAAGGAGAAAGAGGAGCUGUCGAUGUCCGGCGCGGUUGCCGUGGAGACGGACAGGAAGCCGCACUACGGGCUACUCUUCGACGAAUUUCAAGGCCUCUCGCACCUGGAAGCGCUGGAGAUGCUCUCGCGAGAGAGCGAAGUGAAGGUACCGCCGCGAGGGUCUCCGGACAGGCCGGGGCGGGCUGCGGCUUCUGUGCUCCGCGCGGCCGGGGCGUCUCUGCGGGCCGAGAGGCCUGAGGACUUCGCCGAGGAGGUAGCGGAGCUGCUCGCCCGGCUGCAGGUCUCGUCCAGGCCGGAGAAGCUCACCAGGCCUCCGCCAGCUGUAGCGCACACUGGUGCUCCGGUCUGCCACCCUCGCCGCCCCGGUCGCUGGUGCGUGUCGCUGGACUGGGCGUUUGUGUGGGGCCACAGCGUGUCCACUGAAAGCCGCCGCUCCAGCCCUCGGGCCGACGGGCCGGCCCGCUGCAGUCUGUCGGCCCCCACGGCUCUGAGGGGUCCCGGGGUGGCGGGACGGGGCCCUGCCCUUGGGGAGCUGGGGGCCAGCACGUCCCAGAGCCCCGGCUCGGGCAGGGCCACCUGGCCGUGUGCGUGCGAGGCGAGGCCCGCACCCUUGGGAACGAGGCCGCCUGUCGCCCGAGCCCAGAGCGGCAAGGGCCAGCUCCAGGACAGCGUGCAGGGAGGCCGCAGCCCAGCGCCUGCUCACGGCGCGCUCCAGCCGAGCGGCCGUCUGUGGGGCCGGGGCUCCAGGUUGGCUGGGGCUGGCUGCCCGGUGCACGAGAGCCCGCUGCCAUGCCCUGUGGGCAGCGAGGGCAACUGCCAGCGCCACAGCUCCGUGAGGCUGUGCGUGGCACAGGCCGGGCACUGGCACGUCCCCUCCUCAGCCUGGAGCGCGUCAGUGAGCUUGUGGCGCUGGAGGCCUGUGUGCGGGCGUCACCUGCUGUCCGGGUCAGUUGGAUGGGUGGCUCUGUGGGUAUCGGGGGUCUCCAGAGUGGACCGUGAACGAAGCAAACACUCGGAGAAGCCUCGCGCCUCCCCGUGGCCACCGCCGUCCUCCGCUGCCGGCGGGCGGUGA